UUUGAUGUAAGCUGAGCCAUUAAUAUAUGAUUCUACAGUAAAAUUAACCCUGACUCAUAAUAUAUCUACCAACAAAAUGAUUGAUAUCAGAUUUGAUUUAAUGUAAACUAUUGGAAGCAUUAAGGAAUCUAUUGAAAAAAGGUAUGGCAGCGAUCCUAAAUUUAUGUAAUUGCAAUUAAAAGAUAAAUAAGUAUUAAGCUUAAAUAUGUAGGGAAACUUCAUCACAUAUAUGAAUGACGAUGUAAAAUUUUUAGGGACUUAUGGCGCAAAAGAUGGAUAUGAAGUACACAUAAUUGACAGCAAUCCAAAUAGUGUUCUUAAUGGUUUAGAAGAUGUCAAUAAAGUAUAAAAAUACACAAUAAGUGACGAAGAUUAUGAUAAACUACCUGUAAAUAUGAGGAAAUUCAAACAAUAAUUUUUAUAAUAAUAAGCUGCUGGAGGGAACUUAGGCUAAAACAAACCAGAAAUAAAUGAUAAUUACUAAGAAGAGGUGGCAUUGUAAAUUGCUAUUAACUCUCGCUGUUAAAUAAAUUAAGGGUAAAGAAGAGGAACUGUUCGUUAUGGUAUAUUUUAAUUUAAAUUUUAAGUUGGAUAGGUUCCAUAAAUGGGAUUGGGCUAUUUUGUUGGAAUAGAAUUAGAUGAGCCUACAGGAACAAAUAAUGGAAACAUUUAGGGCUUUCAAUAUUUCUAAUGUCCUCAAAAAUUUGGAAUAUUUGUAAGACCAAAUGAAAUAAUUGUUGGUGAUUAUCCAGUGCUUGAUUUAGAUGAAAUCUGACAUGUGAUAAUAUUCUAUAUUUGGGUUUAAAAAAUUAAUUAAAUAAGCUAU